CUUUAAGCACCCGAAAAUUUCAAACGCUGCUAUUAGCAAGACAAGUAGACAGUUCUCGAGGCUUCCUCAGCCUGCUGUCGCCGAAUUGCGUAAACCAUUGGCUAGUUGACCGUGUAGGCGAACUUGUGACUCCCGCUGUGAGAUAGGCGUGCCGGCCGGGCAAUCCAUACUCACUGUCCUAGUGCCAUACGCCCGCUGCUGCCUUGGCAGCAAUCACUAUUGGGUUUAUCGGGGGCUUGAACGAAUAGGCACGGCCGGUCGCAGCGUGCCACCUUGAUCUAGGCCAGCGGCCUGAGCCAGGACACCCCGCCGUGACUGCACCACAACACACCGCCCGGCACAGCUCGUGGCAAAAUGGCUGACGAUGACGAGUGGGCUAAGUUCCAGGCCGAGAUUGCGGCAGUGGAGCAGGCGCCACCAGAGGAGGCCGCACCCGCGGCACUGCCGCCGCCGACCCUGCCGCCGCCAACCCGACCGCCAGUCAGCGCUGUCGCGCAGGCGCCUGCAGUUGUUCGGAAACCACCGGCGCCGGCGCCGGCUGCAGAUGGCGGCCCACAGUUCGGGGCGCCGCCGGGUGCGCCGCCGCACAUGGCGCCCCCUCCCAUGGGUGGACCGCCAGGCUUGCAGCAAGGCUACGGCGGACCUAUGGGCGGCGGCCCGAUGGGUGGCGGCUACGGCGGCGGCGGCAUGGGCUACGGCGGCGGCAUGGGGAUGGGCAUGGGGAUGGGAAUGGGCAUGGGAAUGGGCAUGGGGAUGGGCAUGGGCGGCGGCGGCAUGAUGCAGCAACAGCAGCAGCAGCAACAACAACAACAACAACAGCAGCAGCAGCAGCAAGGUGGCGCAGCCGGCGCGGGCGGGGCCAAGCCAGGCGGCAAGAAGAAGGUGCUGUUGCGCGGUGCGGGCGGCGAAAAGUGGGUCGACCCCACGCUGAAUGAGUGGCCGGACAACGACUUCCGCAUCUUUGUGGGCGACAUCGGGAACGAGGUCACUGACGACCUGCUCGCAAAGUCGUUCUCCAAGUACUCAUCCUUUGCCAAGGCGAAGAUCGUGCGCGACCCCCGCACCAAGAAGAGCAAGGGCUACGGCUUCGUGAGCUUUCUGGACGGCCAGGACUUUGCCAAGGCGCUGCGUGAGAUGAACGGCAAGUACAUUGGCAACCGGCCCUGCAAGCUGAGCAAGAGCACCUGGGACGAGCGCACGGUGCGCAAGGUGACGCUGAAGGAGAAGAGCGGCGGCAACGACCCUAAGCGGCAAAAGAGGUAGCGCGCCCGGUUGCGUGAUUGCGGAAGCGUGUGCGAGUACGGUUGGUUGUGUAAGGGGUUGUGGGGCGUGGCAGGUGCGGAUGCAGACCGGGCUGACUAUGACUGGACUAUUUGUUAGCAAGCACAGAGGCGUGCUCGCACGGCACGCCUGUGGACGACGUACAGUGGUUUUGCGUGCGGCGCCUGGGUGCUGACAUGCGCUUGGGUGGUUCUGGUACGGGGCUGCUCCCACUCCCAGGUGUCAUGUGUUGAACAGUAACUGCCGUGAUGAGGACUUGAUUGGAUUGCAUGGUCCUCGCUUGGACUGUGGUAAUCAGUGGCCACCUUGCUUGUGUACGGCUGCUGUAGUCUGUGGGUGUUCCUUCACUCCUUUCAGUCGUGUUGAGUAAACGCGAGCAACGGCAGCCAGCAUGCCAGCCGCGGUUGUGGGGUCCUUUGGCCACGGCCAUCCAAUGCCCGUUCGCACGCAGGCGGGGGCGCACGCCAGCACGGCAGGAGGCUAACACGGCCAACUCGCAGAGACGCUGAGGGUAUGCGGCUACCGUAUGUGGCGUCGUGAUGGCGACAUGGCGUUGUUGGCAGGCAUGGUGAGUGACCGAGUCACGAGUUGUCAGGUGCCUCAGAUUCCCAGGGAAAGCUGUUACAGCCGAAGCCCG